AUGGCUUCAAUCGAACGCACCCUGCUCACCUGGAUUCUUGGCGCACUAAGUCUGGGUGCCUUGUUGGUUGCAUUGCUCACAUACGUCGUGACACUUGAUGAAAUGCACGAAGUCUUCGAUGCAGAUCUGAAGAACAUCGCACAAGCGGUAGCGAGUUACCACCACGCCGGGUAUGGGCCAGGGGACGAUAGCGUUGUGGUCUUGCCAGAUCGAACCGAUACCCCGCAAGAUUCUGAAAUCGUGACAUUGACCUGGACGCGCGCGGGCAAACGAGUGUUCGCCUCUGAUCCUCGGGUAGACCUCCCAUUUAGCAGUAUGCAGGGACUGCCUCGCAUAACCUCAAAGGGGGAAGGCUGGAUCGUUUACUCCAGCGUAAAUGACGACGGCGUUGCCCAAGCUGCCCAACGUGUAUCGGCCCGUCAGGAGAUGGCAGGGGAGUCGGCGUCUAAAGUUCUGCCGCCCUUGUUUGGACUUGUGGUGGUGGUCGGUGGAUUGCUGAUUUUUGGUUUGCGCAAAGGACUGAGACCACUUCAAGGCGCUGCGCAAGACGUCUCUCAGCGCAGCGCACAUUCGCUGGACCCCAUCUCACUGGAUGGGGUUCCGAAUGAAAUUCAGCCGCUGGUGGUAUCGAUCAACGACCUGAUGCAGCGCCUGGGAGAAGCGUUUGCGACGCAGCGUCGAUUUGUAGCCGAUGCCGCGCACGAGUUACGAACUCCAAUCACGGCACUGCGUUUGCAACUGCAGUUGCUUCAGGGAAGCGUCAACGAUGCAGAGCGUGCGCAGGCGAUGAGUGAGCUCGCCUCAGGAGUUGACCGGUCCCAACGUCUGGUGGAGCAGUUACUGAACAUUGCAAGAGCUGACGCCGACAGUGAGCAUUUUGAUCCGCAGCCGCUCAAUCUGACGGAAGUGGUGAAGUCGGUGGUUGCGCGCUUCAGCUUGAAAGCCGAAGUGCUCGAUAUUGAUCUGGGAGUCAGUGGCGAGUUGACUUCCGCAGGCGUUUGGGUGAAUGGGGACCUCGAACAACUCUCAGUGUUGCUGAACAAUCUGGUCGAAAACGCGCUUCGAUUUACGCCGGAGGGUGGCGUGGUUGACGUCAACAUCUCUCAAGAUCAUGACGCCUCCACACUGCUUCGCGUCAUCGACAAUGGUCCGGGUAUUUCCGAUUCCGAGCGGGAACGGGUUUUUGAUCGUUUCUACCGCGGAAGCGAAGCCACGGCCUUGGCACGCGAUGGCUAUGGCAGUGGUCUCGGGCUGGCGAUCGUGCGCGCGAUUGCCGAACGCCACAGUGCCAGUGUUAGCUUGGCACGGCCGGCGGAACACAUGGGUCUUGAAGUCACUGUUCGCUUUCCGCACUGA